UUUUAUCCUUAAAAAAUCGAACUGAAUCCAUUUUAAGAUGAGUUUAAACCAUAAAAUGUGUAAAACUUGAAAGGGUAUAAAACACCUUCCGUACAGGCUGCACCUAUGUGAAGUCAAGGGUUUGACGGUGUCAUUUAUUGUGAAAUUAUGGCCGGAAGUCGCUUGGUGUACGGUGGCCCGGUGGGCUCAGUUCGUGCCGCUCCGCCGCUCCUACUGACGAUGGGCGACGUUCUCUGCGAAGAGCUCGAGGAUUUGGUUCAUUUUUCAGUGCACGACCUGCCGGCACGGGGCUAUGUCGUCAUGGAGGAGAUCCGACGUCAAGGGAAACUCUGUGAUGUCACGCUCAAGGCCGGGGAUCAUAAGUUCAGUGCUCACCGGAUUGUGCUGGCGGCCUCCAUCCCGUACUUUCACGCCAUGUUCACCAACGACAUGAUGGAGUGUAAACAGGAUGAGAUCCUGAUGCAGGGCAUGGACCCCAGUGCUCUGGAGGCUCUGAUAAACUUCGCGUACAGCGGCCAUGUUGCUAUCGACCAGCAGAACGUUCAGUCUCUUCUGAUUGGCUCAAGUUUCCUGCAGCUGCAGAACGUGAAAGAUGCCUGCUGCUCUUUCCUGCAGGAGAGGUUACAUCCGAAGAACUGUCUGGGCGUCCGUCAGUUUGCAGAGACCAUGAUGUGUACGACUUUGUAUGACUCUGCCAGCAGCUUCCUGCACCAGCACUUUGUGGAGGUUUCGUUAUCAGAAGAGUUUCUGGGCUUAAGGACAGAGGAGGUGCUAGAGCUGGUCAGCUGUGAUGAACUCAAUGUUAAAGCAGAGGAGCAGGUGUUUGAGGCGGUGCUGGCCUGGGUUCAUCAUGACCGGAACAGGAGGGAGUCGUUUCUGCCCGAGCUCCUGUCAAAGAUCAGACUUCCUCUGUGUCGACCUCAAUUCCUGUCAGACCGAGUCCAGCAGGAUGAACUCGUACGCUGUUGCCAUAAAUGCAGAGAUCUGGUGGAUGAAGCCAAAGAUUUCCAUCUGAUGCCGGAGCGUCGUCCUCACCUUCCCGCCUUCAAAACCAGACAGAGGUGCUGCACAUCCAUCACAGGACUCAUCUAUGCGGUGGGAGGACUCAACAGCUCAGGUGACUCCUUAAAUGUGGUUGAAGUGUUUGAUCCAAUCGGGAACUUCUGGGAGCGCUGUCAGCCAAUGAAGACAGCUCGCAGCAGAGUGGGUGUGGCCGUCGUUAACGGGCUGCUGUAUGCUAUGGGCGGAUACGAUGGCCAAUCACGGCUCAGCACGGUGGAGGUUUACAACCCUGAGACAGACAGUUGGACACCUGUGUCUAGCAUGAUCAGCCAGCGCAGCGCCAUGGGAACGGUCGUGAUUGAUGGACAUAUCUACGUUUGCGGCGGCUACGAUGGAAAAUCAUCCCUGAACUCGGUGGAGUGUUACUCUCCAGAGACCGACAGGUGGACGGUGGUGACGGAGAUGAGUGCAAGUCGCAGUGCUGCAGGUGUGACGGUGUUUGAUGGACGUAUCUUUGUCUCCGGCGGCCAUGACGGUUUACAGAUCUUCAACACGGUGGAGUACUACAACCACCACACCAACUGUUGGCACCCAGCGGCACCCAUGUUGAACAAGCGCUGUCGUCACGGGGCAGCGUCUCUGGGCAGCUACAUGUAUGUAGCGGGGGGUUACGAUGGGUCAGGCUUUCUGAGUGGGGCUGAAGUGUUCAGCUCAGUGUCAGGGCAGUGGAGCCUCCUAGUGGCCAUGAACACGCGGCGCAGCAGAGUGUCUCUGGUGUCCACAUCAGGCCGCCUGUACGCCAUAGGGGGGUAUGAUGGACAGUCCAACCUCAGUUCUGUGGAGAUGUAUAACCCUGACACCAACCGCUGGACUUUCAUGACCCCCAUGGUCUGCCACGAGGGGGGUGUCGGUGUCGGCUGCAUCCCCCCGCAGCCUGCCUAAUCCGCCAGUCAGAGGCUGAGGAUGGAUGCAUUACUGAUGGCUGCAGGCGGGGCGGAGGCGCCCUCCAGUUGUGUUCACUGAGCUUUAUCGGUACUUUGGCUCAGACGAGCACACUGAUGCCAGGCCUGUGGAAUUAUGGGUAAAAACUGUAGAGCUAGUCUGUGUAGGCUAGCUGCUAGCAUUGUGAUACUAGCACGUGUGGACCAAUUACUGAUAAAUUUUGAUGUUGUACUUGAAAACCACCAACAGGAAGUGACUUCCUUUCCAAACAAACAAAGCUGCUGACUUGAAACAUGGUGACUGACCCUGAUCUGUUUUCUCGGACCAGGUUCACUGGAAUGUCUUAUUGAUCAUCUGUAAUCAAAGAGUGUGACAGACAGGAAGACAAAAGGGAGCGUCUGAAGCACAAAGAGGGAAAAUCUGGUUUUAUUCAAUUUGUAUAAGCUCAAACUCCUGUCAGCGCCCCCCCCAGAGGCUGCACACUUUAUUACAGGUGGAUGAGUUAUCUGCUGUUUGUCCUGAAGGUGGCGUCACAGUGAGACAGUGGAGGCCAUCCUGUGGGGAGCAGGGGAUUCGAUGUGUCCGUACGUGGUGGCGAGUGUUGCUCUCUGCAUUCAGACACAUCACACAGGGAGUUGGGAGCAAGACCUUCACUGUGCUCCUUGGUGAUUUAACUCAUUUUAGCCUUGGUGACAGGAUCUGCUCUGUAACACACCUGCACCUU